GCGCUGCUGAGGCGGAGGCCGGGCUGGGCCGAGGGUCCCGGCCGCCUAGCUUCGAACCCUGGCCAUGGCUAUGGCGGCAGCAGCAGCAACAGGGGGGUCUGCGGGCGGGGCGGCCUCGCUGGUGGGCUCGGGGCCCUCGGGGCCGUCGGGCGCGGGGAUGGCGGCUCCCCCGGCGGGUCCUUGCGGGGCGGUCCCGGUGCCCAUGAACCUCUUCGCCACCUGGGAGAUCGACCGCUCCGCGCCCAGCUGUGUGCCCAGGCUGUGCAGUCUCCGUCUGAAAAAGCUGACCGUGUUGAGGGAACUGGACAAAGAGCUCAGCUCCGUCCUCAUCGCCGUCAAGAUACAGGGUUCAAAGAGAGUCCUGAGAUCCAAUGAAUAUGUUCUACCCCCGGGAGGCUUGAUGGAAACCGACCUGGAACUGACCUUUUCAUUGCAGUACCCACACUUCCUGAAAAGAGAUGGCAACAAGCUUCAAAUCAUGCUCCAGCGGAGAAAGAGAUACAAGAACCGCACAAUUUUGGGCUACAAAACUCUGGCUGUGGGCAUUAUUAACAUGGCUGAGGUCAUGCAGCACCCAACCGAUGGAGGGCAGCUCUUGGGCUUGCACAGCAACAUCAAGGAUGUGAGCAUCCGGGUGGCCGAAAUCAGCAUCUAUUCCCUCUCCAGCCAGCCCAUUGACCAUGAAGAUGGGAAUGUCCCCUCUGGUCCUAAAAUUAAAGCUUCUGACCGCUCUCCAGAUAUUGAUAACUAUUCAGAAGAAGAGGAUGACAGUUUUUCUUCUGAGCAGGAAGCCAGCGAUGAUGCAGUACAAGGCCAGGAUUUAUACGAUGAAGAAGACGAAGUGCGGAAGCCGAAGAAAGCCAGGCGGAAAAUGAUCAGAACCACGUCGAUGACAAGAGUACAGUCAAUUGUUCUCUUCUUUCUGAAAGAGGGGAAAUAUCAUGGUCAACCAAACUUCAAGCAAAAAUUUGUUGCCUUGCUGAAGAGGUUCAAAGUGACAGAUGAGGUUUUGGAUUCUGACCCGGUGGAUCAGACUCAGGAGGUGGAGGAAGACUUGGGCCUGCUUUAUGAUAGCCUUGAGGAAUGCAACAACAGCGACAGCGGUCCAGAAAUAGAAGAUAACGAAAGUGUCCACAGCACUCCUAAGCCCACUUUGAGGCGCUUUUUUGAGGGUGUCUCUCACUCUGGUUCCCAGACUGAGAUCAGCAGUCUGCACGGCCAAAAAGGGCAGGAGCGAGAGUCGGGCAGCCCUGGAGAAGCGGAGAAACGAAAAGUGGGUGCCCCUCGUACCCAAGAUGAGACUGCCAUGGAAACCACGGCCGUGGACUUGGAGGCCGAGGAGUCCUGCCCUGGAGGGCCAGCAGAAACGGUCUUGAAAGAAAGCAGUGUGGACAGACUAGCCCAGCUGAGCAACAUCAACAAGCCUGAGUACCCAGCUACUGUUUCUCCCAGCAAAGCUGAGAACAAACAGCUGUGGCGACCUCGCAGCAUGUCAGUCAAGGACAGGCAGAACUCCAAGGGUCACAGCGACCGAACAGGCAGCCUGGACAGUGAGAACUCACCAGAUUCCCGGCAGAACACCCAGGUGCCUCGGAAGUCUGUGUAUGACCAGCUCAACCAGAUCCUGGUCUCAGAUGAACAGCUGCCAGAGAGCAUCAUUCUGGUGAACAUCACUGAGUGGCAAGGCCAGUAUCUGUGUGACCAGCUCCAAGAUCACAAGCAGCCCAUUGUCUCCACCUGCUCCAUGGCAGAUGUCCAGGCAGCCUUCAACACAAUUGUUUCUCGUAUUCAGAGAUACUGUAAUUGCAAUUCCCACAUGCCUCCCCCAGUGAAAGUGGCCGUGGCAGGGGAUCAGAGCUACCUGAGCAUCGUCCUGCGCUUCUUUGUGGAGCAGCUGGCCAGUAAGACUCCAGACUGGCUCAACUACCUCCGUUUUCUCGUGGUGCCCUUGGGCUCUCACCCCUUGGCCAAGUACCUUGGUUCUGUGGAUAACAGGUACAGCACCUUGUUCCUCGAUGCAGCUUGGAGAGAACUCUUUAGCAAACUUGAACCUCCUAAUUCAGAUGCUGUGGACGUCCCUGGCCGGAUCGCCCAGUUCAUCUCGGGCGCCAACAUAUCACAUCAGCUGCCCAUUUCUGAGGCCAUGUUAACCUACAAACAGAAGAGGAAAAGAAGCCUCUAUUUUGAUUUUUAUAUCAGCCCAGAUGAGGACUCCUGCCAGAAAUUUGUGCCGUUUGUUGGGGUGGUGAAGGUGGGCCUUGUGGAGCAGUCUUUCAACACUUCAGUUGAUUCUGAUGAUGCUACCAUCUGCACCACCUCACUGCUGAGCUCUUCCUCUCCAUCUGGUGGAAGUGUUCCCUAUACCAAGGAGGCAGUGGGCACCCCUCCGCCUUCCCCAUCUGUCAGCAGUGGGCUCUCAGGGGCCGGAAAUUUGAGUCCUGGUGUGGAGGUGAUGGGUCUGCAAGUAGACUAUUGGACUGCUCAGGGGCCAGAGAAGAAAAAAGAGGCCGAGAAGCGGGAAACAGGCAUCAAGAACACCCUGAAGAGCAAUUUCCGCUCCCUGCAGGUCAGCCGCAUCCCAGGCCCCGGGGAGCUGACCCCACCCAGCACCAUGGCCAUGACUGUGGUCACCAAGGAGAAGAACAAGAAAGUGAUGUUCCUGAGUAAGAAACCGAAAGAAAAGGACUUAGAGCCGAAAAGCCAAGUGAUUGAGGGCAUCACACGCCUGAUCUGCACAGCCAAACAUCAAAACACCAUGCUGCGUGUUUGCAUUGAUGGCGUGGAGUGGAACGAUGUGAAGUUUUUCCAGCUGGCUGCACAGUGGCCAACACAUGUCAAGCAUUUCCCGAUCGGCAUCUUUGGCUACACAAAAAGUGUGUGAUUAAAAACAACAACAACAACAAACAGGCAGCCUCUGGAAGUCCCAGGGCUUUGCCAGACUGAAUGACAGAGGAGAGAGACUGUCGGGCUUCUUGGAUUUCAAAUGACUGACUGACUGCCCAGUGCUGGAGACUAAGUCUGGCCAGGGCCUCGCUUGCUCCUUUUUUUUCGGUGCAAGGAGCAUCCCGAUUUGCUUUACGUCUCACCUGUUUUGUUUUGUUUUUUUAGUUUUAAUGUGAAAGUGGGUCCUAGGAAAUGAAAGGAAGACACACACACACAUACAUACACAGCUUCUCAACCUGGAUUCUUGUAACUAGAAUGUCAGACUGGUUUUCUAUGUCCAAGUGGCAUCAGGAAUAAAGAGGCCGAGGGGAUUCAUACAGCCGCACCCCGCUUCAACUACGAGGUGUUUUCCUCGCAGCAGCUGAGAUUCAGUUCCCUUCCACGCCUUGCCUGGCUGGCUUGGGCAAGAAAGGGAAAAGCAGGGUCUCUGGGACAAACGGCGAUCUUCUAAUAUGUUUAUUGAAAUGUGUGUUAUUGCCCUCCUCCUAGGAUCGCUCAUCCAGGUUCACCCAGUAGCGUUCUGGGCAAGCUGGACUUCUGCCCACAAGUGCCACUCUGCAGUCCUCUGUCUCUUUUUCUCUCAGAAUCUACCCGAGGGCUACUGGGGUUUUGUUGUCUUUUAACAUGAAGCAGCCUUCCCCUGUCUCUCCUGUCCAGCCCUCCCCAGUCCUGUUUGGCUUCCCUGCCUUUGGAUACGCGUGGGCCAGGGUAUUAAAACAACAGGUACAGCGAUGGCCGCAAAGGCAGGUGCCACUUUUGUUUCUGCAGCAGACCCUGUUCUUGUGGAGCAGGGGGGUGUCCGUGAGUAUUUUGUGUCGUUCCUACGUUGCUUCCCUAUGUUCUCGUGAAAGGUAACAGAGGGGUUGUUUUUCCCUCAUCCAUCAGCUGUGAGCACAAGAUAGGGAGGUGGCAUACCAAUGGCCAGUUUAGGAUAGCGUUUGGUCCAGGAUUUGACAGCAGGUAGGAUUAUUGAGCUACAGUGAAAGGAAGAACCAUAGAAGACCGAAGGCCCUUCCAGUGGAAUGGGAAAGAAAUUUUGCUCUAAGCAACAAAGGCGAUGAAGGGAGAAGGAGGGAGAGGUUAGGUGUUUCUCCCCUAGUUCUUCUGCUGUAGCUUUUAUGGAGGAUGUAAAGAAAGCAGAACACAAAAAGGUCUAUUAAAGAAUAGGAAUAAGUCUACUUCCCUACUGCAGUUGUCUGGGUACGGUGAUAAAGAGAGCUACUGCUCUUGCAGGUGCCAGGCCAAACAGGGCCCCAGCGGCAAAGGCAUGUACUUGUGAUGAAACCAGCUUAUGAGUCAUUGAACAGUAGUCAGCCCCACUUGCACUCUCCCCAGACAAGAACGUGGUGGCUACAGGGCUGCAAGAAGUCCUCAGUUAUGGAGGUGGACCCAAGUUCUUUCUUCACUGCAUUGCAAAGGCAUGUACUUGUGAUGAAACCAACUAAUGAGUCGUUGAACAGUAGUCAGCCCUACUUGCACUCUCCCCAGACAAGAGCGUGGUGGCUACAGGGCUGCAAGUAGUCCUCAGAUAUGGAGGUGGACCCAAGUUCUACCUUCACUGCACUGCAGUAUCAGGUUCCUUGUGCCAUGUCAGAUUCACAAAGAAGGCGUGAGAUCCGUUGGCAGGGUCAGAUGCAGUGGCAGGCAGGACAGGAGGGAGGUGCGAUUAGGAAGUAUCCUUCCCACUCUCCUGCUCUAUUUUAAGUCCUCCUAUUGAACAAGGGAACUAGAACAUAAGAACCAGUGAAUGCAGCAAGGUGUCCUAAGGGUAGACUUCCUGUGGCAGCUACUGGCCCCUCCUCGCCCUCCCUCACUGGAUUCACAAGCGUCCCCUUCCCUCCUCCUAACUCCUGAAGCACACGGGCUUCACGGCCAGGGCCUUGACCCACCUGGAAGCUUGUGUCAUUAGAACUGCCAAGCCAACCUUCCCCUGCCUUGAAAGUGUAUCCUACCGAACUCAAGAGACCUAAACUGUGGUGUUGCGCCUGUGCGGCGGACACAGCUGCUUGUGGUUAGGAGAGCAGGGAUGGUGGGUUAACCCCAUUUUUUACAAGAUUCUAUUUUUGUUAAAACUUAAUGUAAGGUUGCUUUCUGGAUUAAUUUUAAUAAAUUAAUGCUGGUACCAUUGUGA